AUGGCAAAUGUUUCAAAAAAAUGCAAAUCCCCCGGGCCUAGCAGCAGCCACACGCUCGACCACUAUGACAGUCCUGCGCCGCGAACGCCAACAGGAAGCCCAACCAGGAAGAGACUCAAAAUCACACAUAACCAGAAACAAGCCCUAAUAGAUAACCUACAACUGGAAAUCACUGAACGCGCGAGAAAACUACGUGCACAAUACGCGUUACAAGCACAAGACCUCCGCGGACGGAUUGAGAGACGCAUAAACCGCAUACCCAUGGCUCUACGAAAGGCCAAUAUAGGUGAAUUGCUUGCAAAACACUCAGAAUCAACCAAUGCAGAUGACGCAGCGAAAAUGUCCAAAGCAACUGCCAAGUCAAGCAAGGCCACUGCAACCUCAGAGACUGGCAAUGCCGCUGUGUCCACCACUCGAACGACUCGGGGGGUCAAGCGGACAAGCGAUGUAAUGCUCGCGUCCGAUAAAGAAAACGCUCCUUUCCAGGAUCCUGUGCAUGUGCCGCUAUCAAACCCGAAGAAGCGGGGCACGCCUAAUGCACACCCAGGACAUCCUCGAGUUCUAUCUCAGUUCACGGAGACGGGCGUCUUGUCGCCGAAAUCUUCCAAUUCCAGGACAUUCCCGCAAUCUCCGCUGCGCAAUGUAACUGGCAAAUCACAACAGCAUCUUAGCAAUUUGCGUCCGUCAUCGCCUCUGAAAGCCGCGAGUUGCAUGAAGUCAGCGGGUCCUGGUUUUACUGCCAUGGUUGAGAAUGCAAGCACAAGAGCCACUAGAGGAGCUGCAGGAGCUGGAACAAGGAAGGUUUCGCCCAAUAGCGAUGCAACUGGCACGCGGAGGAAGACUACUGCCAAAUCCACUGCGUCCACAACUACAACCAGAGCACCCCCAUCGCGCCCUACUACGCGGCAAAGGAACACGAGGAGGAAUAGUGCGGACUCUACGGCUUCUAAUACGUCAUCGGGAACGACGGUUGUGAAGAUGAUGAGAAGGGGCACGGCCGGAUCCCAGAAGGCUUCUGCAGCAACGAGUAAACGAGCUGCUGUCCCGCGUGGCCAGGCUCCGACUGCAACUUCCACAGCUAAGAAAGCGAGCGCGGCUGCGGCGAAGACACUGGAGACGACGGAAUCGGCUGGGACCAGGAAGAGGGUACUUAGGAAAAGAUCUUGA